AACUGUCAAGUGAAACUGAAACAAACGAUUGUUUUAUUUGUUUUUCAAUUGUUUGGAAGCGGGUGGAGUCGUUUUGUAGUUGGAAUAAAAUAGCAACAAGUGUCUGGAUAAAAAUUGGAAAUAUGGGUUGUGCGGUUAGUACAACGAAUGAAAAAAUUGCCUUGGCUAGAUCCAAGAAAAUUGAUCGGAUUCUACGAGCAGCUGGAGAAAGAGCAGCGAGUGAAGUCAAACUUUUACUACUUGGUGCCGGAGAAUCUGGGAAGAGUACCAUUGUAAAACAGAUGAAAAUCAUUCAUGAAUUAGGCUAUUCUACAGAAGAAUGUGAGCAAUAUAGGCCUGUUGUAUAUAGUAACACAAUUCAAAGUUUGAUGGCUAUAAUUCGUGCAAUGGGACAAUUGAGGAUAGAUUUUGCUGAACCUACAAAAGCAGAUAUUGCAAGGCAGUUCUUCACUUAUGCCAGUGCUGCAGAGGAGGGUGAACUCACCCCUGAACUAGUUAUGCUUAUGUCAAAAUUGUGGCAAGACCCCGGUGUCCAAUUAUGUUUUGCUAGAUCAAGAGAGUAUCAGUUGAAUGACUCUGCAGCUUACUACCUGAAUGCGUUAGACAGAAUAUCCCAGCCAAAUUAUAUACCAUCCCAGCAAGAUGUUUUACGCACUAGGGUCAAGACUACUGGAAUUGUAGAGACUAACUUUUCUUUCAAAAAUCUGCAUUUCAAGAUGUUUGAUGUCGGCGGUCAACGGUCUGAAAGAAAAAAAUGGAUACACUGUUUUGAAGGGGUUACUGCAAUCAUAUUUUGUGUAGCAUUGUCAGGUUAUGACUUGGUUCUUGCCGAAGAUGAAGAAAUGAACAGAAUGGUAGAAUCCAUGAAACUUUUCGACUCAAUUUGUAACAGUAAGUGGUUCGUCACAACUUCCAUCAUUCUCUUUCUGAACAAGAAAGAUUUGUUUGAGGAAAAAAUUGCUCGUAGUCCAUUGACAAUCUGUUUUCCUGAAUAUACAGGCCCCAAUACAUAUGAAGACGCUUCUGCUUAUAUAAGAAUGAAAUUUGAGAAUUUGAAUAAGAGAAAAGAUCAGAAAGAGAUUUACACACAUUUCACUUGUGCAACUGACACAAAUAACAUUCAAUUUGUAUUCGACGCUGUCACUGAUGUUAUUAUCAAAAAUAAUUUGAAAGAUUGUGGUUUGCUUAUGUGAACCAUUUAAUGGAUUCAGUUUCUCAAUCAAGAUUAAGCUUCCCAGAAAAGAAACUACAUUUAUUAUAGUUUUUUUGAGUUUAUGAAAACAUUUUGAAUGUAUUGAAAAGUCUAAUCAUUAUCAUGAAAGGUUGUGUAUAUAGAUGUUAUUUGUAGACCAUACUUUUUCUAGGAACAUUUCAAAGAAUAAGUAUACAGAGUUAUGAAAAUACAAUGGUUAUAGUACAUUGUGAAUAACCUUGAAAAUAUUUUGUUCUCACUAGUUCAGUGAUGGUGGGCUUUAAUGUUUUUCAAAUUUUUUGUUCGAAAUUUCAUAAUUUCCAAAUUGUCUCAAUAUUGCAAUAGUUCUGAUAUGAUGCAGUGUGUCUAUAGAUGACUUUCCCAAGUCAACCAGUGAAUAUUUAUUCAACUAGAAAGGUAGGUACAUAUGGGGUUUUGAAAAGUUUUGAAAAACGAAACAAAACCUUUUUUUUCUGCUCCAACCAUUUUGAAAAUCAAUUGAAUAAUUUAGCUACUCAGAAUACCAUAUCAUGUCAUAUUAUACUGCAACACAUAUUUAUAUACAUUUAGCAAUUUCUAGUUAUUAAAUGUUUUGAUCCCUAGACACACUGUAUGUCCAAAUAAAACGUGGGUAUAGGAUAUUUUGGACACUUCUUAUGCACAUGAAAUAGCAUUACAUCUGGUUUGUGUCUCGUUAGUGACUAUUUGACGUCUUGUACCAUUGACUCAUUGCAAUUCAUUCCAAUUGCAACAAAAAAUACAUCAGAACAAAUGGAAACUGUGACCCCGUCCAUUGUCUCCUUAAUUAGAGGAAA